AUGAUUCCCAUUCUUCUUCUUAUCUUCGCGCCCGUUGUUCUUGACGCGGAUGAAGGAAAAUGUAAAUUAAAUGAGUUAUAUGACAUCUUUACGAAUGUGACGGUGAUCCAUGGCGAUGAAGAGGCUCGUGGUCGAAACAUUUCAGUACCCACCAAUUCCACGUAUCAGGCAGUAUGCAUUUUGGAUCCGACUGGAAUGAUCCUACACAAGGGGAAUUACACAUGUGUACAUGGACAAUGGAGACCCAAAUUUGUAAGGUUGCCAUUUUGCCGUCAUUCUGAAUUCUAUAGACCUCCACAUAUUAAUUUCGAUUACUAUUAG